AUGGGAGCCUUCAAGUUCCCUUGGGGACUCUCGGGAGCUCUAUUGGCAUCUACAUAUCUUCAUUCCAUAGGUGUCACUGCUAGCCCAUCCAUCAAUGUUGGCUUGCAAACAUCUUUUCCAUCCGCCCCGUAUCUCCUUGAGCUCCUAGAGACAGCAGCAACUGAAAAUGUUUCCUCAUACUUUCCUCUUCUUGACCGAAUUGCAGAUGGCUAUUUUACCAAAGCUUCCACAGAUAGAGACCUAUAUGACCAAUUUAUACAAAUUCUCAAAGAAGAUGGACAUAUGGAUGCUGAGUCCCUUUCGUCAUACCAGCUUGCAUUAUCCAUGAGAGUUGCCGCACCUCGUAUUGAAGCACAAUUUCAAUAUUACCAUACCGCUGUAGAAGCCUCAAUAAAAAGAGAGAAAGACUCUUCCUGUCCAACGUGGGUGCUCUUUGAUGGGAACCAAUAUUGUUCACCAACAUUAAAUGAGCCCCAUGGAAAAGUAAACGGGCCUUCACAAACAAAAGAACUACCAUUCGAUUAUGUUCUUGGGAAUCCUGACGGACCUCAUUCUAUAUUAUAUGUUGAUAUAACAUCUCCAACAUUUGGACAUUUUCACAAGACUUUGGUGAAAACUGCCCGUGAAGGUAAAACAUCUUAUCGUCUCCGUCAUAGGCGAGCUAUUGAUUCUGGCUCAAAUAAGCCUCUAAUGAUUCCGGGCUAUGGCGUAGAACUCGCUCUCAAAAGAACUGAUUAUAUCGUGAUUGACGACCGCAAAGAUGAUGAUGAAGAGGUACCAAAAUCCAAGACCGAGACCAAAGUCAAGUUUGAAGAUGAAGAGGUGGCGGACCUUAAGCCUCUCUCUACAUCAGAGCUCUCUUCCCUUGGCCUGAAGGCAUCUAGUUUCAUUAUGCAGAGUGAAAACCCAUUUGACACACUCAUUAAGCUUUCACAAGAUUUCCCAAAACAUUCUAGUGCGAUUGCUUCUUAUAAUGUUUCUUCCGACUUUCUUGCAGAGCACAAUUACAACCGCGGCAAACUCGUCCCUGCGGGCUUCAACGUAUGGUGGGUAAAUGGCGUGCAGAUGAUUGAGCGUCAAAUUGAUGCUAUAACCAUGCUCGAUAUUAUGCGGAAGGAGAGAAAAUUGAUUAAUGGUGUUAGCGAGCUUGGUUUGACAGGACCUGAAGCUGUCCAGCUACUUUCCCACCCUGACAUUUCCGACGCGAAAAGUGAUGGAGACGUUCAGAGAUUUGAUUGGAGAGAUGAGAUCGAGGGUGGUAGAGUUAUCAUGUGGUUGAAUGAUAUCGAAAAGGACAAGCGCUACGCAGAAUUCCCGGCAGCACUUGGUGCUUUACUUCAAAGAACGUAUCCUGGCCAGCUACCCUCAGUUCGCAAGGAAAUUUUCAAUCUAGUUGUACCAGUGGACUUUAGCACGCCGGAGGAUAUCGCUCUUGUUUCUGAGACUUUAGCAAGCUUCGUCAAGCGAAAGUUGGUCCUCCAUAUUGGACUUGUUCCAAUUACAACGUCUCCAGCCGCUAUAGAGCAAGCGCGAGUCUUGUAUCAUCUUUUAGAUGUCUAUGGACUCUCUGGAGCUAUUGCUUAUCUUGAAGCCUCCGUUUUGAAUGGAGUUGCCAGUCCUACCGAAAAGGCUUUUGAGGCCGCUAUUGAGGGACGCGAGGUUCGAGCUGAGAAAGUAGCAAUCCCCCUGAAAGAUUUAUUGGAAUCAGAUUAUUACAGUGAUCGAAUCGACGCGUCCAACCGCUGGAGCACAAGACUCUCCGCCAAUGGCGAAUUUCCACCGAUAUUUGUGGAUGGUGUUGCACUUCCUAGAGAUGAUAAUUGGUUGCAAGGAAUGGUUCAACGUCUCACCGUAGACUUGCAGGUUAUCCAGCAGGGGGUAUUCAACGAAAUUUUUACUCAGGAUUCCUACAUUCCAGAUUUCUUCCUCUCUGAAGCAACAGCACGAAGAAACGCCCUUAUCAUCCCAGAAAGUGACAAAAACCUCAAAAUAAUUGAUAUCACCAUUCUCUCAAAACACCAUGGUGAUGUGUUAUCCAAAUUACCCAAGAUUGGAGCAGAUUCGGCAUGGUCUAAGGAAGAUUGGGCUCACAUGGUUUUGGUAGCAGACUUAUCGUCCGUUACGGGUAUGGAUCUCCUCUUGUCUGCGGCUAAGUUCAGGGAGUCCACCUCGCCUCUUGAGAUUACUAUCAUACAUAAUCCUUCUAGUGAUAAGGAAACAUCUGAUUUUAGCACUCGUCUGUUUUCACAUAUCCAAAAAAGGUCCGAUGAAACAUUUGUGGACGCGCAGGAUUUACCUACUUUGGCGAACCAGGACGAACUUGAAUUGGAUUACACGACCAAAGACUCUGCAAAGACCUACUGGAAGCUUGCUGGUCCAUUGAUCCGAUCUGCGGGUUUAUUGCCAGGUGAAAGUGGCUUACUGCUCAAUGGAAGGCUUGUUGGACCAAUACCCGCUGGUUCCGAACUGAAACAAGAAGACUUUGAGCAGUUGAUUUCAUAUGAACGUGCGAAACGUAUAAUUCCGGUCUUUGCUGCGAUGAAAGCUCUUGGUUUGUCAGAAAAAAUUACUGAUCCUUUAACUGGUGCGAAGAUUUCUUCCAUGGUGGCGCUGGCAUCUGUGUCAGAUACACCUGAUGGUAUAUUUGAACAGGCACCAACCACCAGAGUAAGUGCAUUUGAUAUUUGGAACUCUUCUUAUACAUCCAUUGAAGCCGGAGAUUCAUCCACAGCAACUAUACACAUGACUGUCGCUAUUGACCCGGCCAGUGAGCAGGGACAAAAAUGGGUACCAAUUGUAAAGGCCAUUUCCGAGCUUGAAGGAGUAUAUCUUAAGAUGUUUCUGAAUCCAAAAGAACUUCUUCAGGAACUUCCAGUCAAGAGAUUUUACAGAUAUGUUCUAGACUCAAAGCCUACUUUCAAUGAUGAUGGGGCUUUAAUAACCCCUGGUGCCUCAUUCACCGGCGUGCCACAGGAAGCGUUGUUAACUGUCAAACUGGAUAUACCACCGGCUUGGCUAGUUGCCCCCAAAGCCUCAAUUCAUGAUCCAGAUAACAUCAAACUCAGCUCUAUUAAGUCUGAUGUAGAUGCUUUGUAUGAGCUUGAGCAUAUUCUUAUUGAAGGCCACUCACGCGAGAUGCCAUCUGGCAGUCCUCCUCGCGGAGCACAACUUAUUCUAGGAACUGAAAAGGACCCACAUUUUGCUGAUACCAUCAUCAUGUCUAAUCUAGGCUAUUUCCAGUUCAAAGCAAAUCCUGGAUUCUACAAGAUUGAUUUACAGAAUGGAAGGAGCUCUGAAAUUUUCAAAAUAGACAGCAUAGGCUCAAAGGGAUGGGCUCCUGUGCCUGGUGAUGAGUCCACUGAGGUUGUUCUCAUGAGUUUUCAGGGAGCUACUUUAUAUCCCCGUCUUUCCCGCAAGCCUGGUAUGGAGGGUGAAGAUGUCCUCGAGGCUAAGGUUGAGUCGGCAAUGGAUUUUGUAUCCCGCGGACUUAACUUUGCGCAAGGUCUUUUGGGUAGCAAGAAUAAAGCUACUGCCGCAGUGGAAGAGCAUGCCGAGAUCAAUAUCUUUUCUGUUGCUAGUGGCCAUCUUUAUGAGCGUAUGCUGAACAUCAUGAUGGUCAGUGUCAUGAAGAACACAAAGCACACAGUCAAAUUCUGGUUCAUUGAACAGUUUCUAUCUCCAUCUUUCAAAGAUUUCAUUCCUCAUCUCGCCGCUGAAUAUGGCUUUAAGUAUGAGAUGGUAACAUAUAAAUGGCCUCAUUGGCUCCGAGGGCAAACGGAAAAGCAACGUGAAAUCUGGGGUUAUAAGAUUCUCUUUUUGGAUGUCCUUUUCCCAUUAUCCCUCGAUAAGGUCAUCUUUGUGGACGCCGAUCAAAUCGUUCGUACAGAUAUGAUUGAACUCGUAAAUCAUGACCUCCAGGGUGCACCAUACGGCUUCACUCCCAUGUGCGACAGCCGCACCGAAAUGGAGGGUUUCCGCUUUUGGAAGCAAGGUUACUGGAAGAAAUUUCUUCGAGGCCUACCCUAUCAUAUCAGUGCCCUCUACGUUGUAGAUCUUCGCCGCUUCCGCCAAAUUGCUGCAGGGGACCGUCUUCGUCAACAAUAUCAAUCUCUCUCCGCAGACCCAAAUAGUUUGUCAAACUUAGAUCAAGAUUUACCAAAUCAUAUGCAACAGGUUCUUCCUAUUCAUAGUUUGCCACAAGAAUGGCUCUGGUGCGAGACUUGGUGUAGUGAUGAGAGUCUCAAAGAAGCGAGAACGAUUGAUUUGUGUAAUAAUCCGUUGACAAAAGAACCUAAAUUGGAUAGGGCGAAAAGACAGGUUCCCGAGUGGACGAUGUAUGAUGAUGAGAUUGCGGCAGUGGAUCGGAAGAGGAAGGGAAUUAAUGGAAGCGGAAGUGGAAAUGAAGUUGGGGAUGGUAAAAAUACUAAAAGUAGAACUUUGGAAGAGGUGGUGGAUACAAAGACUAAGAAAGAUGAGUUAUAA